AACAGUGAAUCCUUCCAAGUACCCCGAAGAUUUCUUCCUAGGCAAAUUAUGGCGCGACAUUUUCCAUUGCUCCUUUUCAGGAGCUCUCUGUGGGCAAAAUGAUGAGUGUCCACCCAAUGCCUCCUAAGCUUCUCUUCCCAAGGCUAUUAUGGACAUGGACAAGGAUGAAAUCCAUCGAGUAUCUCUACAACACUGUAUACCUGGUGGCCCAAGCCCUCCAUGAAAUGAUUCUUAUGAGAGGAGAAGAAACAAGGUCCCGGAGAGAUGCCAGAUUCCCUGUGUGGCUGCUCCACCAUUUCCUAAAACACACGCAGCUGGAAAACAUCUCAGGAGAACGUGUCUCGCUGGAUGAAAACAGACAUGAGAAGUCACAAUAUGAGAUUUUAAAUUAUUCGGAACUUCCUGAAGGUUUUGAACUUCACGUGAAAGUAGGAGAGCUCGUUUCCCAGGACCUACAUGGCCAAAGUUUGACGAUUCGGGAGAAGCUGAUAGAAUGGCCUAUUGGUUCAAAUAGGUUACAUGAAUUCUUCAAAUACAUCCAAAAGAAGAGACUAGAUAUGAGAAUAAUUGUGUACCCACGUAACUUGCUACCAAAUCUGUACUUAUUAGCAUAUAAUUAAUUCAUUUGUUAGGGCCCAAAGGUUUUUAAAGAAUACUUUUAACUAAGGGGAUCUCGGGUGUUACAGGGUAGCAUUGCUCUAUAGUUGUUCCUUGGCCGUCAUCUUACAGAAGCAGGUGGUCAGGCUUUUGUUGUUGUUUUUUCUCUUAAC